AUGCCGAGCACGUACAACACGGAGCCGAGCGACCGGAUGGAAGUGGAGGAGGUGAAGCCGAAAGAUCCCGAGGAGGUGAAGCGAGUCGACGAGGAAGAGAGCGAGAAGCGGUCAACGCCGACAGAGGAAGAGCUGCUGGGAUGGCCGGAGGUUAGCUUCAAAGAGAGAAGAAGCAGAACGAGGGGGUUUGAGCGAUUUGUGAGUACCGUGGAUUCGGUAGAAGCGGAAAUCAGGAAGAGACUGCGGGAUAUGACGGAGUGCACGGACCGACAGAAAGAUGUCAUCACGGCGCCAAUAAACGCGUUUGCCAAAGAACUUCGGGAGAGAUUUGAAGAGAUCGGGAAGAAUAAGUGGCAGCGAGAAGUGAUGAGAGUGAUGGAGGCCGGCAAAAUCGAAACCAUAGAGCAGUUGAGAGAAGUGGUAGAAGACGGGAGCGCGCGGAUUGGAAGGAGUGACGGAGGGGGAAACGCUGAAAAUGCCAGGGAGCUGGAGAAACAGAGGAAAAAGAAUCGCGUUUUACAGGAUGUGGCGUCAGCGGAGGCGGAUCGAUUGCGCAAAGCGAUCGAAGUGCUGGAAGGCGAGAAGGAAGCCCUCGGGAAAAAGUUGGAGAGGAGCGAGAAGGCCUGGCGAGCAGAACAUCGGAUGGUGGAGCAGUGGAAGGGGCAAUGGCAGGAAAGCCAGGGUAAACUCAACGAACUGCAGAACAGGAGUCAUCAGAAUGUUCAGGGGCGCUCACCGAAGCAAGGUCAACGAUCCAGAUGCUCCGCGAGCUCAUCGACGUCCGGAAGCUGGAGAAGCCGACGAGGUACGGAGAGGAAGAGAGACAGAAGCGCGGACUGGCGCGAAAAGGUCGCGGGAUGGGAGUUCGCAGACGGAAAGGAGUGUCGGAGAAGGAGAUCGGGGUCCAGGGGUGA